UAGCAGUGAGUGGAUUCACCAACAUCCUGAGUGUGGUUACAACCUGGUAAAUUCUCCUCAUCUGAAACCAGCUUGGAUUCUAGACAGAGCUCUGUGGCACCUAAGCUGUGACAUAGCUGAUGAAAAAUAUGAUAAACGAGGAGUGCCAGCUCUUUUUCAAGAUGAUCGGAACAUGAACGCUCUACGGGGCAUCCUGUGGCAAGAGGUUUUCUACAGGCUAAGGCUGUGGGAGUUCCUGCAGGUCAGCGUGGAUGAAGCUGUGGAGCAGUUCAGAGAGCUACUGCAGGCUGGUAGAUUAGGUGGCAAGUCAGCGUCAAGUUCAGAUUUUAAGAAGCAGCUGACGAUAGUGCAGGACCCUCAACGCAGACGCUUUGGAAACACAGUGGACAUGAACUCUGCCUUUGAUAUUUUCACACCUCACAGUAUGAGCCGAUCAGACAUCCAGGAGUGUUGUCUCUGUUUCAGAAAGGGACUAGAGGAGAUGAACUUGGAUUUGUACAAAGAGAUGAACGACCAUGCCAAGCAGGCAACUAACUGCAUUGUGGGAAAUGUAUUUUACGAGCGUAUUUGUGAUCAGGGGCCUAAACUGGGUCCUAUCACAAGGAAGUACCCUCUCUGUUCCAGGUAUUUCAUUUUCCAAUUUAAAGAAUUAACCUUUGAUGAAGAAAUGCAGCUGAUGGAGCAGAAGGAGAAGGCGUGUCACUUUCUGGCCCAUGAUGGCUUUGUGGAAGGAAAUGACAUGCCUUGGAACUUAGCAGAACCAGGGACCCCCUCUCAUGCUGUGAUGGUGCAUCAGAGAAGAGAAGGAGGGCGGCAUCUCGCCAACACCUGCGACCCAAGAGGCUUACUGGACCCCAAGAAAGACUAA